CAAAGGACUCACCAACACGAACAUCCACUCCUCCUCCUGCGUACAGACCGACCACGGUUGUACCAAUAAGCCAGAAUCAAGCUUCUGUUUCGCAAGACGAUAGCAAGAAGUCAUCUCCGUCCUCAUCAACACCAAAGGAUCCUUCUCCCCCGGCUUACAACACUGUCACGAGUCCUCAGCCGGCUCAGCAUAAAGAACCCAGCAAAAGCUCUGCACAAAUUUCCCAAUCCGUCACAACCGUUCCUCACGAAAUGUCUUCCGCAGCCAGCAGCCCUGAUGCCCAGAAGACUGCCGCCAUGACCAACGCUGGCAUGGGAAACAGAGGCUUUGACUUUGCUGUUGGCAAUGGUAACACGAAACUGACUGCUCAGUCGGGGAAUGGCUUGCCUUUGCCAGGACUUUCGGGCAAGGGUAACGGCCCAGUUGGAAACCUUCUGAGAGGACCUGUGGAUGAGGAGGGAAACUUGAAAGCUGCUGCUCUGACUGUUGGAAUCAAGCUUGAUUUGGAGGCUGAAGUGCACCUAUCUGCGCGGGUGAGAGGUGAUAUCUUGGUCGGUCUCUACUAAGCUUUUGUCCCGACCUUCACUGAGGGUAAUGCGUUAUUGAAUUUCGGGGGGCGCUAAAUGCCAAGAGUAUACCUCACGAUGGAGCCAGAUAUAAACGAUCAUAAAUCAAGGAGUUUUCAUUAUUACAAAGGC